AUGAGUAAAAAGAAAGUGGAAUACCCACCUGAACUUGAAAAUCAGUUUAUAUUACGAAUGCAUCCGGAAAAAGCUGCAUCAUUAAGAAAAGUUGUUCAGACUGGAAACCUCAAUUUAAAAGAGAAAUUAGCUAUUGAGUUUCAUGCUGAUGGACGGCAUGGCACAGUCAGAUUUGAAGGUGAAUCCACUCCGGCCAAAUUAGUGGACUUACCAUGUAUUAUAGAAUCCCACAAAACUGUAGACAAGAAAACAUUUUACAAAGCAGCAGAUAUUGCUCAGAUGCUGGUUUGCACGACAGAAGAACAAGAGCCAUCACCAGAUGAGGAUGAAGUAACUCAUAAAAAAAAAGACAAAUUAGAAAAGAAGUUUUUGUCAAUUCAUGGAAUCACUCCAUCUUUGAAAAAUGUUCGAAAAAGAAGAUUUAGAAAAACUGCCAAGAAAAAGUACAUUGAGUCUCCAGAUACAGAGAAAGAAGUUAAGCGACUAUUUCGAGUUGAUAAUGAAGCUAUAAGUAUACGGUGGGAAGUACUGGCAGAUGAGGACAGCAAAGAAGAGAUUAAAUCAAGUACAGUUUUGGAUAUUGACUCAAAUACAGCGUCUCCCGCUAACUUAUCAGGACCCCAGAGUAUAGCUGAACAUGAUGAACUUCGUGAAAUCUUCCAAGAUAUCAGCAGUUCUGAAAAUGAAGAGGAAGAUGUUAACAUAAUGGAUUAUGAUGAAAAUGUUGAUACAAGUAGAAAUGAGUCAAUCACCGAUGAGCCGAUGUCAAUGGGAACGAUAGAAGAAGAUUCUCAACAAAGUAAUCACCAAGAGUUGAUAAACAAACUUGAAGAACUUGAGCAAGAAAUAGAAGCAUUACAAGACAGACAAAGAACUCAAGAAGAGGCCAUAGCUAAUGUUGAGAACCCAGCAUUAAAACAACGUUUUCAAGAAGCUUUGGAACGGAUACGAGAAGAAGAAAUGAAAAAACAAGCAGAGUAUGAUCAAUUAAAAGUUAAAUUAAACUGAGAUGAAGUAUAUCAGGCAACAGAAGAUCGAGGCAUGCAGUAAGUACUUAAGAAGAGAGAGUUUGAGACUUCUCAAG